AGAACCGUUCAGCACGAGACGCCCCUGUGUGCAUAUCGUGGGCUUGCGCAGUCUGGUUUAAACAGUACACACACAGUUGUUGCUUUUUCUUCAGAGCCAUUUUAUUUGCACAAAAAAUGUUUGGAGAAACGUUUAAAAAUUUUACAAUACAUUUCAACGCCAAUAACCCGAGAUUGACUUUCUCGAGUGGUGACUUUAUGGCAGGUCAGAUUUCCUUUGAUCUUUCGAAAGAAACAAAGCUCAGUUCUAUAACAUUAACAUUAAAUGGAAAAGCAAAGGUACAGUGGACAACACAAGGAGGUGGUGGAAGAAGAGGACGACGCAGAAGGCAACGACGAGUCCACUCGGCAAGGCUGGAAUUCUUCAACUUCUCUCAAAUCGUAAUGCAAGAAAAUAACGCGGUCCCUAACACCACACUUCAACCAGGAACCCAUGUGUACCCAUUCACAUGCCAAAUCCCACAAGGAAACUUCCCCUCCUCUUUCCAUGGGGUGCAUGGCAGUAUAAUUUACUCAAUGAAGGUGGAGAUACACAGGCCAUGGCAUCUAGCCAAGGAAUUUGUGACUGAGUUCAACUUUGCCAGCCACAUAGAUGCCAACCAACCACAUCUUCUGGCUCCACUGGCAGGCAGCAACACUAAGACCCUGUGCUGCCUCUGGUGUGCCUCAGGUCCCAUCUCAAUGACUGUCUGCACUGAGAGGAAAGGCUUUGUCCCAGGAGAGAUGGUGAAAAUCAUCUGUGAGCUUAGUAACGGCUCCUCUCGGAUAGUGACUCCGCAUGCGACCCUUAUCCAGAAGCAGAUGUUUUACACCCAUAACAAGUGCAACAGGAGGUUGCAGAUGAAAAACCUGGCCUCAGUGGAUGGUCAGCCUGUCAACCCCAGUAGCUCUGAGGUCUACAGUGAUAUGAUGCUUCCCAUCCCUCCCAACACAACUCUCACUAUCUCCAACUGUCCUAUACUGGAGCUGGAUUAUACUGUGGAUGUGAGUCUACGUAUCAGAGGUUCCACGGACCUCAAGGUGCUGUUCCCCAUUGUGCUGUGUAAUAUUCCUGUUUACGCUCCCCAGCCUCCACCUCCAUAUCAGUAGCAAUAGUACUAGGAUCACAUUGCCCCUAGACUCCAAUCUAAGGUCAGUGUUUUUCUACCUAGUGGUUAAGGAUUUAGGCAGGGUAAGCAGCACUUAGAUACGAAUGUCUCUAAUAUGUACCUAGUCAUAUUAGAGACAUGCAUGGUGUCACACAACUGGGAAUGGGAAUAUGAGGGUUACUAGGAACCAUUCCUCUGGUGAGCUGAUUUUUGUGUCACUGAUUAUUUGGACAAAUCACGAUUUCGCCGGGUUGGUGUAAACCUGGCAUCUUUAGAAUUUUGGAAAGGGGGGGGGGUAAUUAGGCCCACAGAUGGCUAAAAGGAUUUCAGAGGAGGGCAUGUGGACUUCGACGCUCACAUUAGGCCAAACAUCUCAACAAGCCCCCCACCAUGUCUAGUAGCUGGCCAGAGGCCGGCAUUCACUCUAGAUUUGGUUCUGGAUUCUGAGAUUAGACACUGCCAAACCCCUUUUAAGAUGGGGUUUCCAAUUCUACAAUUUAUAUAUGUUUAUCACCAUAAGAAUUGUUAGAGCAAGUUUUGUCAUCGACCACCAUGUCAAAUCCUUCCUUCAUAUAUUGUCUCUUACCAAUACCUAUGGAAGUCUUGUGCUGUUUCUGCUCACUAUUGCCAUAAAUGUUCAGAAUUCAUUACUUAAAAAUAACAAAACGAGCCUAAAGAGCCUAAUUCACCUCCAUCUAGGUCAUGAGAUGAGGAACUAUUGGGCAAUGCUAUUGCUUCGAGGACUAACUCAAUACUACAGCUGAUAAGGAAGAAGGCUUGAUAGACAACUAAACUUGCUCUAACACAUCUCACAACAUAACAAAUUGUAGGAUUUAUGUUAAAUGCCUCUUAAAAAGGUUGAUUUGCAAUAGUUCUCAGGGUUGUACCAAAUACGGUACCAGAUUUUCUAAUAUUUUAUGCAUCAACUUUUAAAAGAUGUUUGUUCCGUUAAUAUUUCUGUUACAUGUUUUUAUAGCCAUGCAGUUUUAUUUACAGUUAUAUAUGUGUGUAUAUAUAUAUAUAUAUAUAUACACACACACAUAUAACUGUAAAUAAAACUGCAUAUAUUUCAUACUACUUACAUGUAAUGAUGCCUUGCCAUCCUCCAGUGUUUGAGGUGACAGACGGACAGUGCUUUAAAUAUCUAAUGGUGCAGUCGUCGUUCAUCUCUUGCCAGGUCACGUUGCUUAGCAUUUCUUUCAAGGUGCUUGAGUGAUUGUUACCAUAAGAUAAUUGGGCUUUGUGACUGUGUUUACUCAUGUUUGAUCAAUCGCUCCGUGGUGUCUGUCUGUCUCACCCUACUUGUCUUUUUUUAUCAUGGUUCAUUUAAGGAUUAGAUUUGUUAUUCAUGGUCAACAUUGUUUUGCCCCAUUCGUUUGGAAAAUAGAAUGUUCAGGAUGCUUGUGAUUCAAUCACUAAUUCAUUUGUAUGUCCAUUUUAAAAUUACACUAAUGCUCCUACACUGUUCUCUUGCUGUGGUCUGAAUAACAAAACCAUGUUUUUACACUUCUAGUUGUAUGAGCGUAAUCCAACACAAAGUCUGAAACAUUUGACAUUUAUAUGGUUGAGCUUACUAUAAGAAGAACCACUCAAAUUCACGCACAAUAAUAUAUUUUUCAUAUGAAUUGUAUUGAUGUGUGUUUGUGUAAAUUAUAUAUUGUAUUUAUGUUGAUGUUCUAACUGUUUUUGUCUGUUUUAACACUCCCAAGUUCAUCCAUUGAGGACAUCUACUCAUUUUAAACUCUUUCAAACUCCCUUGAAGAGUUCAGUACUGCCGUUAAAAGAUGUGCACAACCCAUUGUUUUGAAGAUGUAUUGGUGGUAAAUUCAUUAUGUUGUAUUGAACGUGGACAUUUUUUAUCCAUUUGAUUUCAAAUGUCAAAACUGUCCUUGUUUGUGAUGUAGUCCUUGCCAUUGAGUUCCCUUGAACCUUCUUAAUGAAGACAGGGAAGUACACAUCUCUAGACUCUUUAUGUAUUGCCAAAAAUGUAUAAUUUGUAAUAUCACAAUAGAAACACAGUAUUCUGAUAAAAACAUGUUGAAUUGCCUCUGUGUGUAUGUGUACAUACAUACAUACAUACAUACAUGUUUUAAUCACAAUACCUUUUAACAAUGUACUGUAUAUUUUGUUGUGUCUGUCAAACUGAGUAUCAAGGUAGCACUUUAGGAAAGCCCACUGAUAAACUCUUAAGUAGAUCUUCACAGAUUGGCCACCUGUAGAAUUGAACAUUUUGUAAGUACUGUUUGACUGAUACUACUUAUAUGCCAUGAAUGUUAUUGACCUGUAAUAAACACAUUAACUUCCA